AUGACGCCCGAUUCGACCUGCGGUUAUCAAUUCUCAUCCGAAGCGGCCUGGUUUAUCAACUAUGUAGAGGCUUCUCGCGCAUGUCCUCAGUCAAAACUGGUAACGCAGCCCAACCUCGGUCUGCUCGACGUCGACUAUAAGAGUGGUGAUGGCUCGCUGGGUGAAAGUCGAGGCUGGGGCGGGUUUGCUCGCUACGUUCAACACUUGAAUAACAAGACAGAUCCCAGCACGUCAUACAAAGUAUUAUUAGUCGUGCGACAUGGCCGCGGCGUCCAUAACGUUGUGAUGGACGAGGUUGGCUCAGCCGAAUGGAAGGUAGGUAAUCAGCGCAGCUUUGCUGGCCUUAAGAUUGACAUCCUUGGAACUGCAAAGCUGACAUCAACGCAGAGACACUGGUCCAAAUUAGAAGGGGACGGAAAUCGAACCUGGUACGACGCAGAGUUGGUUGACGAGGGAGUAGAACAAGCGAAAGCGCUCGGGACAUUCUUCGCGGAAGGCGUCAAGAACAUGGGCUUCCCUGUCCCCGAUACCUUAUACACCAGUCCACUGGCACGAUGCCUCGAGACAACAAAGCUCGUAUUCAAGGAUGUCGUAGAAGGACAAGGAAAGCCCUUCAAGCCGAUAGUGAAAGAACUCCUUCGGGAACGACUAACCAACCACACAUGUGACAGGAGGAGAGCAACCAAGUGGAUUACAGCCACCUACCCAGAAUACGAAUUAGAGACAGCUUUCGCAGACGAAGAUGUGUUGUGGCAUGCCGAUCGAUCAGAGUCCAAUGCAGAAAAUGCCGCCCGCACGCAGAGGUUGCUCGAAGAUAUUUGGAAGGAAGACUCGGGGGCCUUUAUCGCCCUCAUCACCCAUUCGUUCGCGCUCUCUUCGAUACUCGAAGUGAUCCAUGCACCCCAUUUUCGAGUGGGCGAAGGCGUGAUGACCGCUUUUUUAGUGAAAGGGCAAAGGCUGGGAAUCAACUAG